UUGGUGAAUCUUUUUUUUUGUUUAGAUGAGAAGACAAUAUGUAUUCUCUGAUACAUAAAACCGAAAAUGCACAUGAGGACAGUAUUUGGACGUGUGCCUGGGGCAAGCCGAAACGGAAGAAGGAAAAUAAUCAUGACAACGAGGAUUCACGGGAUUCAAUGCGAUCGAAUGAUGACGAAUCAUCGGAAUAUAUCGUCACAGGAUCGGUGGAUGACUCGGUGAAAGUUUGGGAGCACAAGGAUGGAAAUUUGAAGAUUAAACACAAAUUGAGUGGACAUUCUCUCGGUGUCGUCUCCGUAGCAAUCAGCUCUGAUGGAACGAAAUGUGCAUCGAGUUCAUUGGACUCCAGCCUCCGGCUUUGGGACUUGGAAUCAGGUGAUAAAAUCUCCAGUAUCGAAGUGGGUCCUGUGGACAUCUGGACAGUGGUCUUCUCUCCAGAUGACAAAUUCAUAGUAUCCGGUAGUCACGCUGGAAAAAUCCACAUGUACGGCACAGAGAGCUGCAAGGAGGAGCAAACACUGGACACCAGAGGUGGAAAAUUCACCCUGAGUGUUGCCUACAGCCCCGACGAGAAGUACAUCGCCAGUGGAGCCAUUGAUGGUAUCAUAAACAUCUUUGAUGUUGCGUAUGGAAAGGUCUUGAGGACUCUGGAGGGUCACGCUAUGCCCAUCAGAUCUCUCUGCUUCUCUCCUGAUUCUCAAUUACUCCUGACCGCCUCUGAUGAUGGCCACAUGAAACUCUACGAUGUUCAAUCAGCUAAUGUUGCUGGUACCAUGUCUGGACAUGCCUCUUGGGUUCUUGGGGUUGCAUUUGCACCUGAUGGACAAAAAUUUGCCUCCAGUAGCUCAGAUCAUACUGUCAAAAUUUGGGGACUCGCUGAGAGACAAUGUCUUCAUACAUUCAAGGAUCAUUCAGAUCAAGUUUGGGCAGUGAAAUACCAUCCAGAGAAGAACAACACACUGGUAUCAGUUUCCGAGGACAAAUCAAUUAAUCUGUACGAAUAUCCGCAAUGAAUGUGGAUUAAAAAUCAGUAACAAUAAACACUAACAUGUAAGAAAAAACACAUAAAUCGAAUCCUCGUCAGUGUAAAUCUUUGGGUUUUUAUUGAAAGAUGUCACAUGUAUUGCUAUAAAUUUUAUUUUUCAAUAA